GGAGGGUUGUAUGCUUCCAAAAUGUAAGUUUUUCUUUUCUUUGACCAGAAUCCAACCUUCAAGGCUUUUGUUUUUCUUUUCUUCUAUCCCUUGUGAGUAAGAAGUAAAGACAUAAUAUGAUUAUGACUAAACCAAUAACAGAGCCAACUUUGGCAACAAUACAUUCUGAUGCUUGAGAGGGUAUUUUUACUUAGAGGAAGCUCUGAGACAAGUGUUUCUGCAGAAGAGCUUGGUUUCCAGAAAGAGACAUGUGAUAGAUACGCUGAGAAGAGUGCAGUGCUGUACUCCAAGUGUAUAGAUUGUUACAAAGCGUUACCUUUGGCAACGGUGAUAUCAGAUAGCAUGUACACAACUCAUGGAGGUCUCUUUCAAAGCCAUGAAGAAAAUAGCAAGACGAAUCAGUCUUUAUUGUUGGGUUCUUUAGAGGAACUUGACAAGAUUGAUGGGAGGAGAGAAGUUGGUGAGAACAAUGAUGAUGGGGAUAUAACUCUUCUUAACCAUGUAUGGCUGGUGGUUUUAGCGAGAGUAAUUACAAGGGACUUCUUUGGGGAGCUGAUUGCUCUGAGAGUUUUCUAA